CUCGCCGUAGUUAUCCCCAAGAUGUCGGCGGCCGGUGACGUGCCGGUCCGGGUUUGCAAUCAGGAGAUUGUCAAAUUCGACCUGGAGAUUAAAGCUGCCGUACAGGAUAUCCGGGAUUGUACAGGACCUGUAAGUGCGCUUGCAGAAUUGAAUGCCAAAGUAAAAGAAAAAUUCCAGCAUGUACGACUCAGAAUACAAGAACUUGAACAGAUGGCUAAGGAGCAAGAUAAAGAAUCAGAAAAACAAGUAUUACUCCAAGAAGUAGAGAACCAUAAAAAGCAAAUGCUCAGCAAUCAGACUGCCUGGCGUAAGGCAAACCUAGCUUGCAAAAUUGCAAUUGACAAUUCUGAGAAAGAUGAAUUGCUGCGAGGAGGAGAUCCUUUACGACAAAGAAAGUCUACUAAGGAAAGUCUGGCAGAGGGGGCAAGUAACAUCACAGAGAGCCUGAUGGGAAUUAGCAGAAUGAUGUCUCAGCAGGUUCAGCAGAGUGAGGAAACCAUGCAAUCUCUAGUUAGUUCUUCGCGAACUAUCUUGGAUGCCAAUGAGGAGUUUAAGUCCAUGUCUGGAACAAUUCAGCUGGGGCGAAAGCUUAUUACAAAGUAUAACCGCAGAGAGCUGACUGAUAAAUUGCUCAUCUUUCUUGCCCUUGCCUUGUUUUUGGCUACUGUGCUUUACAUCUUGAAGAAAAGACUAUUUCCAUUUUUGUGAUCAUUUUAGGUGAAAGGAAGAAGCAUGACUGGGGGAAAAAAAAGAAAGGCAGUAUAUUGCAAAAAGGCUCCUGACAGAAGAAACUUCCAUUAGGCAAAACUUUACAUUGAACUAGUGAGCCAAAUGAGCAGCAGGUUAGAACAAGAGGAAAAAGUGCUUAUUUGCUCUGAGGCUGGAAGGCUGUACCACUUGUCAUAUUCUAUGAGACAUAUUCCUACAUCCCUCAUCUUUGGCCAUUUCUACCCCCUUUCUCAGUUCAGUACAGAACUGAGAGAACUAAAAGAAUACUAAUAAACAUGUAUAUAUAUAUAUAUUGUAUAUUAUACCUUUGGUAAAGUAGAUGUGAAUGCCAGUACUGUGAAAAUCUUACAAAUUAAAGGAAGCAAGGUGUAUAAGAGGCCUUAUUACUGGUUCUUUUUGAAUGAUUAAAAAAAUGUCCAUUUCCUCAGAUUAUCUCCAGAAAAAGCAAUGAGGCAAAUCUCCAAAUGCCUUUUUAGUUGAUGGGUCUAUAUUAUUCAUUCAUAUGUUUUUCUUGCCAGUAUUAUUUAGAUAGAUUUCUUCACUUCAUCCCAGAUUCUAGUUCUCCCCUAUGUAGGGAAUGACUACAUUGGAUGACUGGGCCAAUUAAUCUCUCUCAGAUCUAGAUUACUUCCAGGUAAUCAAAAAAAAAUUCUCUAUCAAUUGUACUGGACCAGUGUACUAGAUUAUACCCAUGGCCUUCGCGAAGAGGACUUCAUCCUGCACUGGAUUGAUUCAGCUUGAUUGUAAUACCCUAAAUGUUUGUUACUGUAUUGAAGUGAAAAAAAUGGUACAGUAAAUAUGUUUUCCUCAUUUCUACUGUAAAUAGAGGUGGAUAGAGGGCAGAUGAAAAAAAUCACUAUUCCUGAUUAUAGACCAAGUAUAUUUUAGUUUAUAAGCCACUUUUGAAAUCUUUUAUCUAUAAACUGUCCAGAGUCGCUCUAUGAGUGAGAUCCAAAUUUAAGAAAUAAUUAAAUCUUGCCAAGAAAACUCCAGGGAGUUGGACUGGUAAUUGCCAGGACUCAACACUGACUGGAAGCCCUGUGUGUGCACACUUAGCCCUGCGCGCACAAACACACACAUUGAGACUGUGGUUUUGUGUGUAUGCCACAAGAUGGCACUGAAGGACCAUAUUUCUAAAAAUAACGGACUGUUCUUUAAUUUGCAGCUUUGAAUAGGCAACUAUUCAAAAUAAUAGUGUUGCCUUAAAGCAUAAAAUGCUAGACAGAGGGGAGUCAAAGAAGCAAACUGCACUUAAAAAGAAAUUACUGAUCGAGCUCUGGUAUAUUUUGCACUAAUGCUUAUAUUUGUCUUUAGUUCUCUUAUUAAAUUAAUAUUUAUUUCAAUCUUAACAAGCAAAAGAACUAUAUAAACAUUGUUAUAGGUUUGCAUGUGAUACGACUAGAUUAUUUUUUUUAUUAUUAUGUUUAAAAACCAACUUCUGAAAGAGUUCUCUGGCAUACUGUAAGAGUGUAAAAUAUGCUGUGAGUGUGUAGAAUUCAGUUGAGAUCCCAACAUACAGAUAAACCUCAGUGGAGAUAGGAUGCGCUACAAUCUAAGGCAGUGUUUCUCAAUGUUGGCGACUUUA